AUGUCCGCAACCAGAACCUUCUUUAACGCCUCGCGGCCUCUCUUCCGCCAGCCGUUUGCUUCGACAUGGAGGACAACAGCACGUGCUAGCCCUUCCAGGGCGGCCAACUUCAGAAAUGGUACCAAAAACACCGGUAGGAGGUGGCAGAGUACUACUGCUGGCCCCGGGGCCCGUGAAAGUUGGUUCAAACGCAUGUGGGAUAGCCCCGUUGGUCUGAAGACAGUGCAUUUCUGGGCUCCUAUGAUGAAGUGGGCCCUUGUCCUCGCCGGUGUCUCCGACUUUGCUCGGCCAGUAGAGAAGCUGUCAUUUACUCAAAACCUUGCCUUGACAAUGACGGGGAUGAUCUGGACGCGAUGGUGUCUCAUCAUUAAGCCUAGAAAUAUCUUGCUCGCCGCAGUCAACUUUUUCCUCGGAUGCGUUGGUUUGGUCCAGAUUACCCGCAUCGCCAUCUACGAGACAAAGAAGAAAUCCACUUCAGCUGUACAAGAUGUCAAGGCCGAGCCCAAAGAGGUGAAGGCAUAG